GGGGAAAAAGGUUAUAAAAUACCCUGCUCACCAGGUCACCGAAGACAUUUUGCCGUAGAACGUUCCCCUGUACACAACUUGGUUUGUGUCUGUCUGUACGAGGACAACGACUUUGUGGAGUCCCCCAGGUGACCUCUCCCAAAUUUUCCGAAGUGCGGUUUCAAAACUUGUUUAGUGCUCGAAUCGAAGUUUCGGCUCCAGCUGGUGGGUUUGUAGGUGAUUAGUUUAGCUUUGGGUAUUCAGGUGAAUCGAGUUUUCUAAGGAGAAGCAGAAGGAUUAUCACAAAGGCGAAAAUGCGUCUUCAGAAAACGUGGUUGCUGACGGCCGGCUUGGCAGUGUUGCUAGCAGUUUCGGUGGAAGCUCAACAACAGAGACGACUGAGGGUGAGGCCGCGAGUUCUGCAGCAGCAACAGCAGCUGCAGCAGGACAGUUUGGAGAUCAACAGCGCUGAGGAGGAAGAUAGCCGGGCACAGCAAGCCGUCCAGUACUACAGAGCUCAAGCUCGGCAGGAUGUGGAGGAUCCUCGGCAGCUGGUCUUGGUGGCGGCCAGUGAGGAAGAUUACAACGGCCAGUACGGAGCUCCGGCAGCUCGAGCUCGGGCCGAUAAUGCCCGACAGGUUGUGCGAGUAACGACAGCCGCUCCUCUGGCAGCUCGUCAGAAGGUUCAGGAAGCUAGACCACCUCCAGUUCAGACCAUCCGCAACUACAACAAGGUCAACGACGACGGAUCGUUCACUUUCGGUUAUGAGGCCGCUGAUGGUUCGUUCAAGGAGGAAACUCGUGGAACCGAUUGCGUUGUACGAGGCAAGUACGGAUACAUCGACCCCGAUGGCAACAAACGUGAGUUCACCUAUGUGUCCGGAAACCCAUGUGACCCCAACAACCCUGAAGGAAGCGAGGAAGACGAAGAGAAGUCUGUUGAAGAGUCGGAUGAGAAUGUGCCACAGAACUACCCACGACGACCGGUAGCUCCACGACCAACUCCUCGUCCCAACCCUACGACUCCACGACCAACGACCACCGUAUUCCAGAACACCUUCUCCACCGGCUACAACCAGCAGGAAGAAUCCGACGAGGAGGUCCAGAUCGGUCAACGUGCUCGUCCAGCUGCUCGUCCAUUCACUAAUCAGCAACCUCAGACCGUAACCCAGCGACCACGAGUUCAGGUAGUCUCGACAACUCCCAAUACCGGUUUCCACACCCCUACUCAGACCAUCCCGGUGAACAUCACUCCCAAACCGAUCUACCGAGUGCCAGCCCAGAACACCCUGCAGGCUCAACCCCCCGCAACGACCUACCGACCUCAAACGGAAGUGACGACCUCAAUCGGAAGUGGCUUCAUCUCCACGACCAAGGGCAACACCAUCCUCGGAGGAAACCGAGCCCCACUAGACUUCGACGCCGAGUUCAAGAAGUUCCAACAGGAGAACAAGGUCGGCUCAACCUCGGCCAAACCUGCCCUUACCUCUAGCAAACCAUCAAGCGGCAACCCGAUCUACCAGACGCAGCUUGUCUUCAACCCACAGACCGGUGAAUACGACACAGCCCUGUACCAGCAACUCCCUCAGUCCGAAGGUGACUUCCAGCUAAACCACCGUCUACAGCCAUUCGUUCAGCACCAGCCCCUGCACCAGCAACCUCAACACCUAGUCAGCCUGGAACAGCUCCAACAGCAGAGCCCCUUGUACCGGAACUCAGCCCCAGUAGCCCCUGCUGCUCCACAGCCUGCCCCGCAAGUCCCUCAGCAGCUGUACCAACGACAGCAGAACGAACUCCAGUUCGUCAAUAGCCAACAGCUGUUCGCCCAACAGCUCGAACUUCAGCAGAGCCAACUCCGCCAGGAUCGGUUGGAGGCCGCCCGCAAAACCCAAUCCCAGCAACAGCAGCAGCAACACCGAUUCCAGGCCUCCAGCCCUCAGGUUCAUCGGGUGCCCCAACCCCAGCAGCAGUACUACUUCAUCCAGCCUCAGCAGGGUCACGCCAGCAGCGGGCAGAUCGAUGCCUUCCUGCGGGGUCACAACAUCGAGUACUAAGAGAGGUUACCGCCAAUAGUUCUUUUCCUUUCCUCGAAACUUUGACCUUCUUUCCCUUGACUUUACAAAAUUUUGAAGAUUUGGCCUUCGAUUUGCCCAUUUUUUGAGUGGAACCUUUUUUUAGUGUAACCUUAUUAAAUUUGAUCAAAAAAUCUCAUAGAGAAAAAAAUAGUAGCAUCCUUUCGGAUGAAGUUUGACACUUGGAGUGGCUUUGUUUCGAUUGUGUAUGUCGACAUGGUCGACUGUUUACAUUUUUUGCGAAGAACACUGAGAGAAAUAUUAAGUAAAUAUUAUAACUUUGAUCAUUAAAUUUUUUUUGUUAAUUUGUUCUUGGAAAAACGAAAUUUCAACAGAAAAAAUCCAUUUCGUUUCAUCCUUUUAGGAUUUCAACUGGUAAAUAAUCGAAAACGCCAUACAACUGUCGUCAAUUCUGACCUGAAUUAAAUCACUUGGAAACUCUAAAAACCCAACUGAGAGCCAUAACAACAAAUUCAAAAUUUUGCUUUUUUCUUCAAAAUAUCAUUAUUCUCCAAAAGAUAAAAUUAUUAAUUUCUUUCAAAAUUUUACAAUUUUAUACUUAAAAAAAUUAACUCAAGCAUCUAAAGGCCAAAUCAUCAGAUAUUUUCCUUAUAGUUUCCAUUAUUGUCGGUUUUUUUUCCUCAAAUCUUAUCUUUCCUCAAUUCUUUCUUUAUAAUUUUUUCCCCUAGAAUUAGUAGUUUGAAAAAAAAUGUGAAGCCAUUGUUUACUUUGUGUUUAUGUUUACAGUAUCGCGAUAAGGUUUAUUUUCUCACUUUAUUUAAACCCCGCUUAAAUUUGCUCCACCAUCCUUUCAACAGGAAUAAGACUAAGCACUUUUAUGUUUGUAAAUCAUAACUUGAACUUAUUAACCCUUAUUUAGCGUUUUUUUGUUUUUGUUUAGUUUCAAUUAACGUGAGUGAAAUUCGUCAAUAUAGUUUCGCUUUAUUUGAUUUCUUGAUUUUUUUUUAUUGAGACGAGACUUUUCUUUUUUUUUUCAACGCAACCUCUCAACCUAGUACUAAGACAAUGAGGGACACAGUCCGAAUUUGUAAAUAAGCAACUAUUUUCCUUUAUUUUUUGUCUGUUUUUAUGUUUUCUAGUUAAAUAAGACCUUAAUAUUGAGUUAAGACAAACCCAUCAACGCGUAUCGGGGAAGUUCAGUGAAGCAAAUAAUUUAAACAAAGAAUCAAUUAAGAGUAAUAAAAAAAAUCAUACUUAAGAAAAAAUGCAAACCCAUCAAUCUGUUGGAAAAAAGAGACCAAGUUGUACGACAGUUUCGGUACUGUUGGUUUGUUCAAACUUGGACUAGUUUUUUGCAACAUUUUCGAAAAGGUUAGAAGAACGACAACGCGGUCAAGUUUUUCCAAAAAAAAACCGCGGUUGAAAAAAUAAAACAUCGAAAAAUAUAAACCUUUACACCAUCACCCUCCAUUCAGUGUGUACUCUUUUCCGUUUCUGUAGCGUUAAGAUAAUUAAUUACUGCCAAUUAAAAAAAAAAAGAGCCAAUGGAGAAUUGUAUGCCAGCUAAGGUUUAAUGAAGUAAUAAAGAAAAAUCAAAAGUAA